UUUGAGAUUUGUGUAGAGUGAAUGAGGCAAGGCUGUCACUGCCUUAACUGUGUGGACUCUGGUCUGUGGGAGGAGAGGGAGGCUCUGACUGACUAAUUUGUCACGUUAAACAUGGACGAGACCUUGGUGAUCCCUGGAUUGGUGGCUGUCUUUGUGUUGGUAGGAACAGUUUUCUACUUCCUGCUAGGUUCUUCAGGUGAGAAGACGAAGAAGCUGCCCGUCACUCUCCAAGAUCCCACAGUGAAAUAUCCUCUCCCACUUAUACGCAAAGAGGAAAUCAGUCAUGACACAAAGAAAUUUCGGUUUGGCCUUCCAUCUGCAAGUCACAUCCUUGGGCUGCCAGUAGGCCAGCACGUGUACCUGUCAGCAAAGGUGAACGGCGUUCUGGCGGUUAGAGCCUACACUCCAGUCUCCAGUGAUGAGCACCAAGGAUAUGUUGACCUCGUGGUUAAGGUCUACUACAAGAACACCCACCCGUCUUUCCCUGAUGGAGGGAAGAUGUCGCAGUACCUGGACGGCAUGACCAUUGGAGACACUAUUGACUUCAGAGGGCCCAAUGGACUCCUGGUGUAUAAGGGCAAUGGUCAGUUUGCCAUCAGACCAGAUAAGAAGUCGGAGCCAAAGGUUCGGAAGUUUAAGCACGUGGGAAUGAUCGCUGGCGGAACAGGUAUCACUCCUAUGCUGCAGUUAAUUCGCAGUAUCUCAUCAGACUCCACUGACGACACCAAGUGCUCUCUCAUAUUCGCCAACCAGACUGAGAAAGACAUCUUACUGAGGGAGGAGCUGGAGGAGGUGAAGAAGAACCAUCCUGAGAGACUUCAGCUGUGGUUCACACUGGACAAACCUCCACAGACCAUCCUAUCGAAAGCUGUUCAGUUCAACUUGGAGGAGGUGAAAGAAUGUAGAACGAAGGUUAAAGAGUUGGAGAGAAGAUAUGAGCAGCUGACCAAAGACAACUACGAUCUGAAGGAGUCGGUUCGGCUGUCUGUAAGAAUGGCUGCUUUCACUUUGCUGAGGUACUGCCGCGGGAGGAUUGGCCUCAAAUUGAACAAGCAAGCAAGACAGACCUUUUUCCGAGGUCCUCGUGGAUACAUUGAAGGACGGAGGAUUGGCGACGCUAAAUGA